AUGACCAUGUCCUCCUCCAUACAUGCCGCUUCCAUUGUCUUCAUCACCUUCGUCUGUAUACAAUCCAUGUAUGGAGCACAUGGCGACCCGGGGGCCACCUCCUUUGUGGUCGCGGCCUGCGUACUUUUGGUGCUCUUCCUGCUCUCCGUCGGCCGGCUGGAAGCCAUGCCUCCCGGAGACACCACUAAAAGACGCGUGUUAAAGGUUGUUACAUGGCUGCUGGCCGCAGCGCUAAACUUGCUCUUCGCCUGGGGGGUGUCGUCGAUUCUAUCGACGGGCUUUGCGGCGGUCACAUGGACUGUAGCCGUCGUCGCCACUGGAUUUGAAGCCUACAUUCUCCUGUGCCUGAAUCAUCACCGUGAUGUUACUCUUCACGAAGAUGAAGUUAGUGAAACACUUCAAAAAUAUGAGGCACCGGUUGCCUCGGAUUCCUGUCAGUUGCAGAAGGGUUCUGGGCUCAGCCCAACGACCGGGGGGGGGGGCUGGAAAUGA